AUGAAAUUCAGGCUCAACUACCACCGUGGCACGGGGGAGAGCAGUGCUGAAACAAGAUACAAGCCCUGUCAAGUAUUUUCUGACCACCAAGUCCCUCACGCCAUCUGGUUUGAGGAUGCUCUUUCCCACUAUGGUGUCCCUACUUUUGUAUUCGAUCUGUACAUUAUCGUUGAGGAUAUUGAUCUAGCAGCCGAUUUGCUUGCUAAGGCUGGGUGGACAUUUGAUAUGCAAGAACCACAUCUUAUCGGGAAUGCAGAGGUGGACUUGAUGAACUACCCUCAACAGCGACUGAUAUCCCCUGAUGGUCAGACGAGAACCGUCCUUCUUCCCGCUACAGACUGGAAGUUUCCUCUAGCCAGCGAUACACCACUGGAGCAUACGCCUUUGGGAAAUGAUUUAUCAUAUCAGGUACCAUUUCCAACACUGGCAGGCUUGCUGGAUGCACUGAUCGAGAGCUGGCUGGAUGACCCUAGUGAUGGUACAAUGUUAUUGCUUGUCUUGGCUUGCCAAAUCUCCUAUCUCUAUGCGCAUGUUCCAGCCUUGAAGGUGAAGUCCUUUGCCAAACAGAUGAAAUAUGAACAUCGCCAGUUUCACUUCGAUGUAUUGGCAGGAAUGGAGACUGGUACGAUGCCAUUUCGAAGGCACCUGCGGGCUAUUCGCGAUGCGUUGUUACAGGGCCAGUAUGAGUUGCGGGAAUGCUCUGCUUCCCGUGAUAAUACAGAUCUGUUUUCUUUUCUCGGGAAGAGUUAUAAGCCCGUUAAAGAAGAGCAGCAGAAUGGGGACGCUCUUGAGUCAACAGAAACCGAAUGCUAG